CCGACGAGCGGUGACUGUACAGGGGACUCGCGCAUGCGCAGUCGGAGUCCCGGAGCCGCAGGAGAUAAGAGCUGCGCUCCGGAGUAAGGGACAGGGAAACCAUUAUGAGUGCCAAAGUGAACAUGGAGGCUGCACCCAAAGAACCCGAUCGCACCCCUUUGGACCCGGCCUCCUCGUCCCCCAGCGAGGCCAUCCUCAUCUGCGGGAGUGAUGGUGUGGCCAAGAAGGCGCGGCCCCCGCCUCACACCACCACAGCUUUCCUCCUACCAGCUCCUGCUCCCGGCCAUCAGAAGAUAGAGGUCACUCCAGCUGUUGCCGUGGGAGACCCAGGUAAAGGAGGAAGGGCCAGUGAGACGGUCACACCCACCCUGACAGCACAAGUGGGCGGGGCUUGUAGCAUAGUCCACGUCCUAGAGUGGAAGGAGGGGAUGGCCAUCCUGCCGAGCAGCAACCUCAAGUUCUGUGUGAGUGACGUAGGAACGCUGAGCACACUGAUCACCCCAGGGACCACCAGCAGCAGCACUGAACCAACAGCCGGGACUUCUGGGAGAUCUGCUGACGCAGAAAGUGCUCCGGCAGACAGGCCAGAUGUGUCAACUCCUGUCGUCUCCGUGAGAGGUGCAGCCGUGGAGCCAGAGAGGUUUGUGCCGGUCAAACCUGAAGUCCAGGUUGGACCGGGACAACAGAACCACGAUCCUAGAGCUCAGAGGACCUACACAGAUGAGCUACGCAGAGAGCCCAUCACUGACAAGAGGAGUGUCGGGGUAGAGAAGGUGCCAGCAGGUGGGAGGGUCUCCUCCCUUAACCCCGAUCAUCUGAAACCCAUGAGGAAGAGGAAGAGGAAGGAAUACCUGAGUCCCUCUGAGGAAGACUCUGACAUCGAAGGCACGGAUGAGAAAAUGGAUGAUUCUAAAACCGACAUCAGACACAUCAGAGGAGCUGGCGACAGUAAGACAGAGCAGUGGACGUGGGCUCAGUAUCUGGAGGAGAGCAAAGCUGUUGCUGCACCCAACAAGCUUUUCCAAGAGUCCCAGAGAGUGCCUACAGUGAAGAACGGCUUUAAGCAAGGGAUGAAGCUGGAAGGCAUCGAUCCGCAGCAUCCGUCCAUGUACUUCGUCCUCACUGUGGCCGAGGUCUGUGGUUACCGGCUUCGGCUCCAUUUCGACGGCUACUCUGACUGCCACGACUUCUGGGUGAAUGCCAACUCACCCGACAUCCACCCCGCAGGCUGGUGUGAGAGCACAGGACACAAACUGCACACUCCCAAAGGCUGUAAAGAGGAGGAGUUUACCUGGACCAACUACCUGAGAAUGACUAAAGCACAAGUGGCUUCCAAAGAACUGUUUGCCAGUCCUGGGAGGAUCGAUGUGAAGUGUGGUUUUGAGAUAGGAAUGAAGCUGGAGGCCGUUGACCGUAUGAACCCCUCCCUCAUCUGUGUAGCAACCGUCACUGACGUGGUGGAUGACCGCUUCCUGGUUCAUUUUGAUAACUGGGAUGACACAUACGACUACUGGUGUGAUUCCAGCAGUCCGUACAUUCACCCUAUUGGUUGGUGCCAGGAGAGGAACCUCCCUCUAACACCACCCCAAGAUUACCCAGACCAGGGCCGGUUCUCCUGGUCUCUCUACCUGGAGGAGACUGGUGCCAAGGCGGUGGCCGCUGACGCCUUUAAAGUGCGUGCAGCCCACAGCUUCCAGCCUCAGAUGAAACUGGAAGCCGUGGACAAGAGAAGUCCUGGUCUGAUCAGAGUGGCUACAGUAGAGGAGGUCGACACUCAUCGCAUUAAGGUCCAUUAUGAUGGCUGGAGUCAUGUCUAUGAUGAGUGGAUGGACUCAGAUCACCCCGACAUCCACCCAGCAGGCUGGUGUGAGGCGACUGGUCACCCCCUCAAAGUUCCUCCACGGGACACCAAAACACAGCAGCCACAUGUAGGUGUGAGGGAACCUCCUGCUACAGGCCAGUCCACCUACCCCUCCUCUGUUCCGUGUAAACCCAUCAGCCACCCCAGAGCCAACAAGUACAGCUUCCACAACAGGAAGUGUCCGACUCCUGGUUGUGAUGGUUCAGGCCACGUGACGGGUCGUUUCACUGCACAUCACUGCAUAUCUGGCUGCCCAUUGGCUGAGCGUAACCAGGGCAGGCUGAAGGCCGAACUGUCAGAUUCAGAGUGCAAGAGGAACAUCUUCUUUGGCCAGAGGACCAAAAAGACCCAUUACCGCGGGAGGAUUGGCCGUCCUCCCAAAUACAGGAAGAACCAACAGAGAGACUACCAGAACAUGUCCUCAGAGGGAGUGUAUCCGUCACUGUUUAUGUCGGCACUGAGCAGUCAGUCAGACAGGACUCUGUCUCUGUGCUGGGAGCAGCACUGUAAGCUGCUGCCCGGGGUUCAAGGCAUUCACGCCAGCCAGGUGGCAGCAUGGAGCGUCGAAGAGGUCUUCAGGUUUGUCCAGAAUCUAAUCGGCUGUGAAGAACAGGCUCGGGUCUUCAAAGACGAGAUGAUUGACGGGGAGGCCUUCCUGCUGCUGACUCAGACCGACAUUGUGAAGAUCAUGAGCAUCAAGCUAGGCCCUGCCCUCAAGAUUUCCAACGCCAUUCUCAUGUUCAAGAGCACAGACGAAGGACUCAAGUGAUCCCGCCGUCACUCACUGGGGGGCGGGGGGACUGGUCCACCGAUCAUCAUGUGCCAAAUUCAUUUUGUUGCAGGGAAAAGACCCUGGCCCCUUUUUCAUGUGUUUGGUGUCCUGUACCCAUCAGAGAGAGGGAGGGGGGAGGGGGGAGGGGGGAGGUGAGGUCCUAUCAGGGUUAAAGGGGAAAUAAAGAAGAGGCUGGAAGAAGAGAGAGACUUAGAAAAUACAGAUAUUUUUUUGUAAAAUAAUGGAGGAAUGUCAUUACAAUGGCGGACAAAUUGGUGUGGAGGGUGGAUAGGAGUACAGCACAGGUUUUCAGAGUUUGGUGGUUUUCACAACAGUUACACAUCUGCCAGUCUGUGCUAUGUUGGGCUAAAACUUUGUGUGGAAAAGUGGAACAUUUUUGCAAAGAGGUAUCUAGGGUCAUCUGAAGUGUUAACGGUCCUGUAUCAACAGAAACAUCUUGCUGCUGCUCACAGCAAUACAGGAGAUACUUGUACUAUUUGUAUAUCCCUGUUGAUGCAAGCCUUUAACACAGAUUAGUUGAAACUGUACCCACCACCUUGCAGAGAUGGACUCGACAUACGCUUUGGGACUAAAUUUUUAGGAGUACAGUUCCGACAUCAGUCCAAAAGCCCCUGACCUGGGAGGCAAAAUCAACACUCGAUACUAUAUGUACUAAUAGAAAUUCAGGAAGGGGAGGACUGAAGGUAGGGGGGGAAACAUAGCCAAAAAGUAAGAGGAGUUAAAUGCAGUAGACGAGGCUCCUACAAGCCUCACGUUUUGUGCAAUAAAACAGUUGAGACAGAAGUACUGUACUCGGUAACACUUAACAUUACAGCUUCUUUCUGUUAUCCAACUGAUUCUUAUAUAUUCUCAUUAUGUUACACUGUAACAUAAUAAAAAUGAAAAUGAAAUAAAUAAGCUGUUUUGUUCAGGCCAUAGGAAAAAAGGUUCAGGUUUGUGAGAGAAAGCCUUUCCUCAGUUCUACGAUUAUUCUUAAAUAUUAGUUGUUUGAGUUUACUGCCUCUCCAUGCUGUACUGCCGUUAAUGUGAAAACUCAAGUGAUGCAGGACCUGUAAUUUAAACUGUUAUCCUCGUAUAUAGAAUCUAAACAACACAGUGUUUUGAGUUUUUAUAUCUAUAUGCAGAAGAUCUUAAAUUAUUAUUUUUGCAAUUCUUAAUAGAUGAGACAGUUUGCAUUGGCGUUUUAGCACAACUGUGAAACCUAAAGGGACUUUACAAUAUGAUGUUCCCACACUCGGUCACUAGAGAGUGCAAAAAUCCAAAUUUUUAGCACUAUAAACUUGGAUUUAGGAUCUAAUCAAUGGAGCUCUCUGCAGUUUACAUGUAAUGGAAACUGUGUUCUUUGAAAUGUUUACAUUUUAUGUCAGGAUUGGUUAAAACAUACUGUAUGGAUUUGAUAUUGUGAGACGAACGUUAUUUUACUGGACAGUUUAAGGGCUCUUGGUAUUUUACUUCUUUGUGUGUCUCUCUGGUGGGAUUUGUGUGUGUGUGUGUGUGUGUGUGUGUGUGUGUGUGUGUGUGUGUGUGUGUGUGUGUGUGUGUGUGUCAAGAUAAUCUUGGGUCACAAAUGUCAUUCAAUCCAUAUAAUUAAUAAACGUCCAAAGCUGUCUUGUCUGAUUAAA